UCACAGCUGCAGCUCGUUCAAGACAGCUUUCAACCCAGUCAACAAUCACAACCACUCAACUUAGAAACAUCAUGGCGGACAACGACAUUGCCACGCGUGCGCCCGAGAGCGAUGCGCAGGAGACUUCCCAAGAGCAGCCCCAAGAGCCAAAGCCAGCAGAGGAGAGCGUCUUUCCUGGAGACACCAGAGCGCAACAAGGGCCAAGUAUGGGUGAACACUGCACAACAGAUCGUCCUACCCCUUCUGGCGAGAAGCCCACCGGUGACCUUACGAAACUAGGCGGCGUUGAUUGCUACAUCGCGAAACCGGCCGACUACCCACAUUCACCCUCGAAGCUUCUACUUAUGCUCACCGGCGGCACAGGCGUCAAGUCUACCAACAACCAGUUGCAGGCUGACAAGUACGCAUCGGAAGGUUACCUGGUCGUCAUGCCUGACCAAUUCGACAACGACCCAGCGCCGAAUACUGUUGAUAUGACAGAAAUUCCAAAGGAAGCGUCGUGGCUAGAGUCAGUGAAGCUGAGGACUGCCGAGGGUAUCAAGUCAUUCAUGAUCGACAUGUGGCUUGCUCGUCAUACCCCAGAGAAGGUCCUUCCGCUACUUCACAAAGUUGUCGAGGGUGCAAGGGAAGAGUAUGCCGACGCUGUUGCCAACGGUGGAGGCAUGUACGGUGUUGGCUACUGCUUCGGCGCCAAAUACAUCCUUAUGUUGGCCUCAGAGCUGCCCGACACCGUCGCCUGGGGUCAAGAAGCACAGAAAGAUGUAGAGCAAGGCACGGUCAAGAAAGAGCCGGUUCUCAGAGCUGGUGCGGUUGCACACCCAACCAUGACAUACAAAGAGGACCUUGAAGCUGUCAAGUCUCCCGUCUACAUUGCCGCUGUCAAGGAUGAUCCCAUGUUCUCCGAGGACGAGGCAUUGACACCUGGACGAAGAGCCAUGGAAAACAACAAAAUCGAGCAUGAGAUACAAGUCUUUUCCGACGUGCCUCAUGGCUUCGCCGUCUAUGGAGAUUACGAGGACUCCAAGAUCAAGCAGUCACAAGCACAAGCUUUCAGUCAGAUGCUGGGUUGGAUACAGUCUCACUAGAGCUGUUUUUGUAGUGCUUGGAAGUGCUUCGGCACAUCUUUUAGUGUUUUCGGAGGCUUCUCAUCGCUUGAUUAUGUUGGUGAAUAUACCAUGGCGUUCCGGUGGGUGGGAAUGACGAAAGCCACAUUCGAAUCUUAUCCCGGUAACAACUUCGAUGGACUUCAAAAACUUGUGCGCAUUUUUCAUUCCUUAGCUCUUCUAUCCUCAAUCAUACUUCUCUUAUUGCAUCCGCUAUAGUGCGAUCAACGGGCCAAUCGCUCCCACAUUGCCCAAGAUCGACACGCGGCAAU